GUGACGAUCAUUUUACAAAUGCAAAUUAGGAAAGCUAAUAUUUACCUAUAAAAGUUUUUGUGUACGCUAAAAAGAUCAGAGUUUGACUCGCAAAACAGCUGGCGUGCGGAUGUUGAGCCUGCUUACUUUUGCGUCAGAGCGGCCAUCUUCACCAGACACGAUCUACGGCAGCACAGAUCGGUAGGACUGUUGGAGCAGCAUUUUGUCCUGAAUCAGGGGGAGAUGGGCUGAGGCGCAGAGGACAGCCUCAACAACACCGAGACUACAGCCGCUGACAGAGGACUUCUUCUUGGUCUCGCUUGCCCCCUGCUUCUCCUUCUCUGUUCCCGGCCUCAGCAGGCCGGGGAAUGUCCCCGGUGGCGAGAUGCCUUACGUGGACCGACAGAACCGCAUCUGUGGCUUUCUGGACAUCGAGGAGAAUGAGGGCAGUGGCAAGUUCCUGCGGCGGUAUUUCAUACUGGACACCCAGCAAGGGAGCUUGGUAUGGUUCAUGGACAACCCACAGAACCUGCCAGUUGGUACAGACUGUGUUGGCUCCCUAAAGCUCACUUACAUUUCCAAGGUCAGUGAUGCCACCAAGCUCAGGCCCAAAGCAGAGUUCUGUUUUGUCAUCAAUGCUGGGAUGCGGAAGUUCUUCCUGCAGGCCAAUGAUCAACAGGACCUGGUGGAGUGGGUCAACGCUCUUAAUAAAGCCACCAAGAUCACUGUGCCAAAGUUGAUUGACGGUCAGCAGAACUCUGAAAACCUGAAGGGUUUGCCAGAUGUAGCAGUACCCAAGAAGCAAGUGUCCUAUAAGACUGAAAUCAUUGGAGGAGUCCCUAUUGUUACCCAGACACAGCAUGACAGCGGCGACUGCGCAGACCGAGCAGAGCGAGAGGCCAUUCAUCGUUCCCACAGCCAGCUGCCGUAUUUCCUGAGUAAACCAGCUCAGGAUCACAGCGUCAUCAAGGCGGGUUACUGCGUCAAACAGGGAGCAGUGAUGAGGAACUGGAAGCGACGAUAUUUCCUCCUGGAAGAAAAUUCCAUGAGUUACUUCAAGUCAGACUCGGAAAAAGAGCCUCUGAGAAUUAUUCCACUGAAGGAAGUUCACAAAGUGCAGGAGUGCAAACAGAGUGACAUCAUGAUGAGAGAUAAUCUGUUUGAAGUCGUCACUACAUCCAGGACAUUUUACAUCCAGGCUGACAGUCCGGAGGAUAUGCACAGCUGGAUUAAGGCGGUCUCAGCUGCCAUCGUAGCCCAGCGGGGGCCCGGGAGGUCAGCUGCCACAAUGCGGCAGGCCAGACGGCUGUCGAACCCUUGUAUACAGAGGUAUACGUCCCGAAUCGGGGAGUGCAGCAGCACCCUGCUGCAGCUCUGCACCUGUCUUAGAUGUGUGACAUCCUGCUUGUCACUUCUCUUGCCUCCUGUUCGCUGCCUGUAUGUUUUCUUUCCUCUUUCUCAUAGUCAUGAUAACAAAAAACUCUGUUCCAUGUUACUGUAACUGUGCAUGCCUCACACUUGAAUCCGCACAUCCAAAGCUGUAAGCCAUAGAUUUAAGUAACGCAACACGUUGUAUUAAUGACCGGUUACAUGAAUGUGUUGGGAUAUCUAUUAAUCAAAUUUCAGUUUCUAAAGAAAUGAGUAAAGUUAAUGAUUGAACAUUUCUAAUGUGUCUUGAAUCGGAUAUGAAGCUCAGUUUGGAUGUUUGGAUUCAGCAUGCUGCAUGAAGUAAUAGUGUGUCUCAUCAAAAACACAAGAAUUCACACUUUAAAAGGUUCAAACGUGCACCAACUGGCAAAGCCUCAUGCUGUAAUGGCCGGCUUAUACUUCCUGGCUAUCAGCCGUCACAUCAAUCGUACCGCGUCUCUACUGCAAUCAUGCUGUCUAGUUCAUGCUAAGGUUGGUCCGGUCGGCUUGCGACUGUAACUCCUAAAUUACGAAUAUCCUCUUCAAGCCUGAUGAAGUGAUUAUCUCCAGCGUUUCAGUUGUUUGGUAUUUUAUUUAUAGUGAGCCACCUGGGGCCCCAAGACAGGGUCACAUUGUUCUGGUCCCAAGCCCGGAUAAAUAUAGAGCGUUGUGUCAGGAAGGACAUCAAAUCUUUACCGAACCAAAUAUGCAAAUGACACCAUAGCUGAUUUGCUUUGGCGACCCCUGACGGGAAAAGCUGAAAAGGGAAAAAAGAAGAUAUAAGGAUCUUUGAGAUUUUUUUUAACCUAUAUGAAACUUAUUUUAAACAUAUUUUUAAAGCUUUAACACACCAAAUAACUAUAUUUUUAAAAAAUUGAAAUGGCGUGAUAAGCACGCAAUUGUAUUACAGGCGUAAUUUGCGUAUGAUGUCAUGAGAUUUUUUAAUUUCCCAAUAAUUAGGGCGAAUCUCUUCUGAUAGCUUUGCUCCAAAUACGACCUGAGCGAUUACAAGUCACUAUGAAGUAUAAAGCGGGGCCUUGCGUUCCUACACUCAUUUAAGAACAAGUGCUUCAAAAAUAUUGGUUUCAAGGUCGGAAAAGUGACAUUUUUUUGUAUAUAUUAUUUGUAUUUUGAAACAUCGCAACACCUUAUGUAUCUGUUAAAAAUCCCCUAUAACAACACAGAUGUUCUGAUUUUAGCAGUGCAUUAAGUCAGAAUGAGUUAACGGUGGGCCGACUCUUCCUCAUCCACGAACUAAAGCAAAGAAGUGGCUGCUUCUGGUUCCUCAGAGAAAUGACGGUUAAAAAUGUUUACUUCAUGUAAUUAGUGUUUUUUUCUAUGACAGAGCAUUAGGGCCACACUAUAAAUAAUUACAUUUAUGAGAAUAAAGUUGUAGAAGUGAUGAAAAAAAAAAAGCAUUUUACAAGAAUAACUUGAUAGAAUUGAAGAGUCUUCCCCCUUAAGGAUAGGAUUUCUGGUAGGCGUGCUGUCUGCAGUUCCAGAAGUCCAGAUGCAUUAUGGCACAUAGAUUCCUAUGACAUCACCAUAUUUGGGCGCAUUGAUGGAUUUUUUUUCUUUUUCUUUCUUUCUUUCAUGCUGACCGUAAAACUCUGUUUCCAGGAAAACAAACUGAAAAGACAAAUCAGCGGUAGUUUGCAAGAUCCUUGCAUGGCUUGAAGCUUGCGUUAAAAAUGAUCAUCUAAAUGUAUAUCUAUCUUGUGUCUUUGCUCGCCGUCCAGCGCUUCACUAACUGCUCAGUUUUUCUCCAUUUUUGGUUUUCUCUUUCUUUCCUCUUUUGCUUCUGUUUGUUUUCCAGAGAUUGAAAUGUGAGAAUGACAAGCUGUGACAUAAUGAGCAACAUCCAAAUCCUGCUUCCAACGCCACUCUGUUUGAUCUUCCACUGCAACCAUUUAAAGCUACCAAAACUAAAACCUUCUGACACUACUACUCCUGCUACACCUCCAACUUCUGCUACCACUGCUGCUGCUGCUACUACUACUACCCCCAUCAUCUCCACUCUAGCAAAACCUCUACACUUCCACAGCCUCCAGGCUGCAUCAGGCCUCAAUGUCCUGGUUCCAAGUCUGUAAACUCAUCUUUUCAAACAACCUGCUUGUAUUUGGGUGUUUUGUACUUUUUAGUUUUAUCUUCUCACAGUGACUCGCUUGUCAUUUUCAGGAACAUGGCAGCCGCUCCAGUUUCUACCGCAGCCCCACGGCUCCCUGCGUCCCUCCCUCGCCCUCAUCUGCAAUGCCACAGUGCUUCCCCGAGUGGGGGGCCGCUGUCCCGUGCGGCGCACGGCCGCAGCCUGG